AUGAAACUGCCCAUUGCCCUCGAGAAGCUUGUGCUCAGCUCUCUGAGCCGCUCCCUUCUUCCUCUGCUGUCUCACCUAUCUCCCCUCCCUCUGCUGUCUCACCUCUGUCUCCCCCUCCCCCUGCUGUCUCAUCUCUGUCUCCCCUCCCCCUGCUGUCUCACCUCUGUCUCCCCCUCCCCCUGCUGUCUCAUCUCUGUCUCCCCUCCCCCUGCUGUCUCACCUCUGUCUCCCCCUCCCCCUGCUGUCUCACCUCUGUCUCCCCCACCCUCUGCUGUCUCACCUCUGUCUCCCCCACCCUCUGCUGUCUCACCUCUGUCUCCCCCUCCCUCUGCUGUCUCACCUCUGUCUCCCCCUCCCUCUGUUGUCUCACCCCUGUCUGUUCCUGAGACUUAUUGUUAA